AUGAGCGUGCGGAGGGGCCUGGCGGGCCUCGCCUUCUGCGCCUGCUUCCUGGCGGCCCACCUCACCAACAAGUACGUCCUGUCUGUCUUGAAAUUCACCUGCCCUACAUUGUUCCAAGGGUGGCAGACGUUAGUUGGUGGACUUUUGCUUCAUGUGUCAUGGAGACUGGGCUGGGUGGAGAUCAACAGCAGUUCCAGAUACAAUGUCUUGGCGUGGCUUCCUGCUUCGGUGCUGUUUGUGGGCAUAAUAUACGCUGGUUCCAGAGCAUUAUCCAGACUGGCCAUUCCUGUGUUUCUCACUUUGCAUAAUGCAGCUGAAGUAAUCGUCUGUGGGCACGGGAUGUGUUUCCGGAAAGAGAAAACGCCUCCUGCCAAGAUCUGUAGCGCCCUCCUGCUGCUGGCCGCAGUGGGGAGCCUCCCCUUCAAUGACGCCCAGUUUGAUCCGGACGGGUACUUCUGGGCUGUGAUUCACUUGCUCUGUGUAGGGGCCUAUAAGAUCCUCCAGAAGUCCCCGAAACCCGGUGCGUUAAGUGACAUCGACCAGCAGUACUUAAACUAUAUAUUCAGCGUGGCGUUCCUGGCCUCCACAGCUCAUCCCACAGGUGACCUCCUCUGUGCCCGGGACUUCCCCUUGUUAUAUUUCUACGGAUUCCACAGCAGCUGCUGCGCCAGCGGGCUCCUGGGGUUCCUCCUCACGCUCAGCGCCCUGAAGCUGAAGAGCCUGGCGGCCCCUGGGCAGUGUGCGGCCUGGCUGCUCCUGGCUCAGGUGACCACAGCUGGCUGCUCGGUGCUGCUGUUCGAGGGCAUCCUGACCAGGGCGGCCGUGGGAUGCCUCCUGCUCGGUGGACUGGGCGAGAUCGUGCUGGUUUUUGCAGAGAGGAGGGGCACCCCGAGGUGA